GCGUUCCAACAAGCACCAAGGCACAGUGUUCGACCGUGUAACACAGUGUCACACUGUGUCUCCUUGCUGGAAAGCUCCCAAUGUCGCUUGCAUGAAAUAGCUGUUUUCGGAACACACAUAUGACGCUUUCUUGUGAAUAUUAGUGGCUUGUGCGCAUGCCUAUGCGUCAACGAAGGUGAUUUGUUUUGUAUAAAGUAAAUUCAGAUUUAACGGAUCACAUAUUUUUAUUCAAUUAUUUCUCCAACAAAGUCAGCAAUAUGAGCAAUUUUCAUUCGCCGAUGCGCUGUAUUUCACCCAAUGCAAGUUUUCUUCACUUUCAGAGUCCUUACUCCAAAGCCGCAGGUGCAACAAACCUUAGAUUUGAGGCAGACGCAGACAAAAGUGAAAAACAGUAUCACCUGGUUUUUCAUUAAUACUUCUUUGUUGUCUGUUGUGAUCUAUGAUAUAUUGUAUGGUGGAGUAGCGUAUAAACCAUUUUGCUGGAUUGAGUGGUGUUUGGCAUCGAUAUUAGCUUUAAACGCGGUGUAUCAUAUAGUAAGUUAUGCAAUAGCUACGCUCAGUAUUCAGCCAGUAGUUUUGAGUCCCAGACAGAGAAAGCUGCUGGGAGUAACGGACAAUGACCCACUAUUCAAAACAGAAGUACCAACUCCACAAAAACUAUCUGAGCCAAGCUCUCCACAGCAUUUUUCAACGAUGAAUCUUAGUUGGCGAUCAAAUACUCUCGGCUCUCCUGGCCUAAACGAAAGCAAAGAUUAUACAGUAUCAAGUCCAUUUUACAAGUACAAUAGUCCAUCAUCACCUCGCAAGUUAACUGUGAGUCCAAAUACUUCCUUGAACAAAUCGUUCAAUAACUCUCUAAAUGGAAGUUUAACAGGCGAAGGGCUUAUAUAUGAUGAAGUACAACUCCAGACAUAUUUGAAGGAGUUAGAACACAGAGAGCGAAAAUCUACGUCUGUAACAAAUGUGGAUCAGCCGUCAAAUUUAUUAAGCUCUUUUUGGUCACAUCCAGCGACGAGAAAUCCUGGUGAAGUUUCUCCGAUGUUGAGGCGAUGUGUCUAUCAAUUAGCACCAACUAUUGAUAAAUCGAAAUCUACAAGUCCAGGAGCUGAGGAAGGCAACUCUCCAAGAGGUAUCUUUGGAGCACCAGACAUUUGGAGAAAAUACAGGAUAGAUUCGAAUAAAGUUAAUCAAUGGACAGCUAAUCUUCGAAUGUGGAUUAGUAAAACUGUCGUCGAACGUGUAGCCAUGGAAAUAGAGAACGUUCGUUCAGCCCUAGUAAGGCAUGGUUUAAGUGACUCGCAGCCAGGCCAUGUAGGACUGGAUAGGCUUAGAAAGUUAGCUCAAUCACCAACGUUGGUGGCUGGGGUUCCAACAUUACCUGCUUUGGUACCAUUUCUUGAGUUAUCAAACAAUCAGGAUUAUCUGGUAAAAAGAAUAAAAGUUCUGGCUAAAGGUGGAUCCAUGAGUGAUUUUAAAUGGAAUGGAGGCAGUUCGUACAAUGGCAAAGAAUGGGAUAACUCAUUACCUACAGAUACAGCGAUAGUUAUGCACUUAUUUGCUUCUUAUAUGGAUACCCAACUAGAGGCUCCUUUAGAUCAACCGGAUGCUAGACCUUUUACCUCUAGAUACACGGCCAGAGCUGGUAAAGACUUGCCACGAAAUAAAGGACCCAUAAUUGUCUGCACUUCGGUUAACCCACCACAUUAUAGUUUGGCGUUAUCAGGUGAUUCAGCACCAAAUGAUUAUGAAGAAAUACAAAGGGGUCGAAACAAUAUGUUUCAUACUUUAUUGCUGUUCCUGUACAUAGUGAAGACGCGGGAUCACGGAAUGCUAGGACGUGUUAAUCUAGGAAUGUCUGGUGUUAAUGUGCUGUGGGUAAUAGAUGGUUAAGACUGAUGAGGAUACUAGUAUGUGAACUUACAAUUGUAUAACACGAUUCAUUCGUCGUCUAUUUUCACACAUUUUGAUCCGAAAAACAAGAUUUUUUUUUGAAAAAGCAUAAUAAAUAUCUUUUUGGAUAGAUUGUAAACUUAAUUGGUUUGGUAAUUAUUUGAUGACAGUUUGUGGGUGAUUCGGGCAAGGAGCUGCAAUGAUUUAUUGAGUUUAAAUUGCUUGAUCAAUUUUUAUCAUUGAACUAUACUUAUGCUUGAAUUAAAAGCAGAAGUUUUUUUCUUCAGGCAUGGAACAAAAUAUAACCCGAUCUUGGUAUUGCAACUGUGUUGAUAUUAGAACUCAUACGACUACAUUGUGAGUAUGGGGUUCAGAGUGAAGUCCUUUAACAUUUAGAAAAAGCGGAAAUGACACAAUACAGUAUUUUGAUAUAUCUUUAUUGAGUUAUGUUUAUUAGCUCUGUAAUCAAGAGUUCACACAGAUAACUGUAGUUCCGCGUAUACAUUACACUAACAAACGAAAGAUGUUUUACUGAGCUGGAUAUGGAAUACAUACUACAGAAUUUUUUGUCUGCAUUACAUAAUAAUUGUAACUGGCAUAAAUAUAACGUAAGAACUGUACUUGUUGCCUAUCUAGUUAAUGCUGCGAACAGUAUUGAAUAGAUCAAUUAAUUGAACAGUAAUUCGGGGUAUGUACGCACAGCACAGUGAUUUCAAAUUAUGACAAUAAAUUUUUUUAGUAUUUCAAA